AUGCGACGUGUGUCGUGGCUCGUGGUCUUGACCAUCUUUAACGCAUCAAACUGGUUCAUGACAAUCUUUGCCGACUAUUCCACGGUUGAAAUAUACUCGGACGCGAAUUGUGAGUCCAUUCCCUUAGUCGUGACACUUGAAGUCAUGAAUACAACAUGUACACCAAGCGGUACAUGUAACGCGAUUGAGAUCAAUAACUCGUCGUAUUAUUACGCUCAACAGUGUACGACAGACCGAUUUAAAUACACAUCACAAUUAUUUAGUGGAGCCAAGUACCUUAUGAUUGAUGGAUUUCAAGAAGAAGGAUGUGAAUCAUAUGUACGUUCUAAUGUGUUUCUAGCCGCUGGAACGUGUCAACUUGCUUCGUAUGUAGGUCAACGUAGUGAAAUUGCGACGCUUUUUAGAGAUGGAUCAGCAUAUAUGACUGUUUAUAGUGAUUCAGCAUGUGCUAAGAAGACACAAGUGUUUGAUCUCAAUACUUCGAUUAUUCAAGACCAUACUUGUUAUAAGGGUUAUAACAAGUUCUAUACAUCAGACCAUACAGGAAUUGUUGUUGAAAAUACUAGUGAUAGUGGUUCGAACUUGACAACACCAACAAUGAUGUUAUCUCAUGAAUCAAGUAUGAGCACUGGUGCACUCUUUGGAAUUGUUGUCACGUGUUUGGGAGUUGUGAUUGUACCGAUAUUGCUGAUUUAUUGGAGAAUGCAUCAUUCGAAACAAAAGCGAGAAAAGAGUGCUGGGAAUUCUCGAGCACAACCUCCCGACAUUUCAUUAGUAGUCAGUGGGAAGCAUGAGAGUGAUGAACGAUAUGCACCAGAUCUUUCACCAAAGUUUGACCGAAAGAGCUCACAUUCUGGACAUGCCCUUCGAAAUGAGCGAAAGUGUGAACCAACGCCAGUACAUUGGAAAGAUGAGCGCACUGCACGAGGUAAUGGAUUGCGUAGACUACCAAACGAUAGAUUUGGUAGCGAUUCAAUCGGACGUUUACAUACGAACGAGCUUCAUACAGCAUCAAGACAUAGCAGUCGAUUACAGCGAGAAGAUCUUAGCGAUGGUCAAAAUUACAGUGAUCCGAUUCCUUCUGAUCAUCGUCAACCUGAUCAUAAAUGGGAUGGACCAUACAGUGACAAAGUAAUGAAUGAUCGAGAUCAUGUUCAUGGAGAAUCUAUCAGAAGUAAUUGGAUGCAGGACUUUGAGCUUAGUAGACAGUGGACUCCAAGUGAACCAGAACAAAGUACUCGAGCUAAAUCUGAGCCUCUACAUGCACAUACACUACGUGGACCUGUGACAGCUGAUAGUGUUUGUGAAGAUGACGCUGUAUUAUCGAGUCGUAUCUCACGUGAUAAAGUAAUUGUUGAAGAUUUAAUAGGUCGAGGUGGAUAUGGUGAAGUCUAUCGAGGUACUUAUGAAGGAAGAGCUGUGGCAGUGAAAAUGUUAUUUCCCGAAACACGAAAGAGUACACGUCAUGUGACUGAAUUUCUAACUGAAGUCAAGAUGAUGACUAUCAUGGAUCAUCCACGUGUUGUUGAGUAUAUUGGCGUUUCAUGGAAUAAUUUGAUGGAUUUAUGUGCAGUGACUGAAUUUAUGGCAGGAGGUGACUUACGUGCAUGGUUAAGUGAGCGUGCAGACAAUGCUAAUCCUGUGGGUUUUGAUUAUACAAAGAUUAAAAUUGCCACGCAUGUUGCUCAUGCACUUGCUUACUUGCAUGCAUUGACUCCUUGUGUGAUCCAUCGUGACUUAAAAUCAAAGAAUAUCUUACUUGAUGAAAAUCAUAAUGCGAAGUUGGCUGACUUUGGUGCAUCACGAGAACGAAUUGACGUGACAAUGACAGCAGGAGUUGGGACAUCGUUAUGGAUUGCACCAGAAGUGAUGAUGGGAGAACGAUAUGAUGAUAAAGCAGAUAUCUUUUCAUUUGGUGUUGUUUUAUCUGAAUUAGACUCUCAACAAAAUCCUUAUGCUCAUGCUAAAGAAAAGAGUUCACUUGGACGUAAAAUGCCUGAUACAGCGAUUCUUCAAUUAGUUGCAAUGGGAAAGUUACGGGUUGAGUUUUCAUUAGAACCAGCCAUGACAACGUUCUUGUCGGCUCUACGCGCUGAGUUUCUCGCUUCUGUACCAUCCACUUGCAUCUCUAAUGACAGUAAAAAAGAUUCUCAACUUCUACAAUCCUCAUCAUUCUCUCCAUCCAAUCGUACAGUCACUCGACAUCGUACAUUUCAAGAUCCAUUUGUAUCUUCCGAGAUAUCCCAUCGCGACAUUUUAAAGAUACUCCAAGUGAAUGAUACCACACAAGGUCAAACAAUCAAGUACAAGAGUCAAAAGGAAAGUCUCAAGACAUUAAAACGACAGGAUGGAAGCAAAAUAAACAACGUGAUUGAAGUUUUAUUGACACUAUGUCACACUCAUCUCGAAACGAAUCGUUCAAACGAGGUUUUCACUUCUUUCGAAUUAGCUCAAUCGAUUCUUCAAAGUAUACAAGAAAAUCGUGAUCUUGAGACUCUGCAAGCUCAUCUCUUUAAUCUUUUAGGUGUUGAAGGCAUGGAAUUGAUUGCGUUUGCAGUACAAAAUCAAAAAGAAUUGCUAUCAAAACAAAAGCUUGACGAAUUACAAAAGAUGCUGCGACAACAAGAGAAAAAAACACAGCGACAAGCGUCUCGAGAGAUUCGUAAGGAGGCAAACGAGGAAAAUUGGUUGGAAGCAGCAGGUUAUGAUCUUGAAGUCGUGAGAUUACAACGAGAAGCUGUCGAUCAUGAACGAAGACUGGAGUCGUCGUCUCUUAUUCAGCGAGAGUUUGGAACGCUUCAAGGAGGUUAUGAUUCCACUGGUGCAGCUGGUCAAUUAAUGUCAGCAGGAGUCUUAACACUCCCAUCAAGUACAAAACGAACGUAUUUUAAAGGUUAUGAACAUGUUUUUAUCCCUGCACAUGCGAAAAAACCACUCGAGAAGGAAGAUCCGCUUGUGGAGAUUGCAAGUCUUGACGACUUUGCUCAAACAGCAUUUCAUGGCAUUUCAACACUCAAUCGAUUGCAAUCAAAGCUUUUUCAUGCUGCAUAUCAUUCGAAUCAAAAUCUACUCGUUUGUGCUCCAACAGGUGCAGGGAAGACAAAUGUCGCAAUGCUUACGAUUUUACAAGAAGUGAAGACGCAAUAUAUUCGUUCAAAAGAUGAACGUAGUGUCUCAUUCACUCAACGACUUGCUAAGAUUAAAAUCAUUUACGUUGCACCAAUGAAAGCUUUGGCACAAGAAGUCGUGACCAAGUUUAGCGAACGACUUCGAGAGUUAAAGCUACAAGUGCGUGAACUUACUGGUGAUAUGCAAUUAACAAAACGAGAAAUUGACGAAACUCAUGUGAUUGUAACGACACCGGAAAAAUGGGAUGUCAUUACACGAAAAUCAGGGACUCAACAAUCACUUUUAAGUCAAGUGAAGGUUUUAAUUAUUGAUGAAGUUCAUUUACUUGCUGAUGAACGUGGUCCUGUCAUUGAAACAAUUGUCGCACGUACAUUACGUCGUGUAGAGAGUACACAAUGUAUGAUUCGAAUUGUGGGGCUAUCAGCGACAUUACCAAAUUAUGUUGAUGUUGCAACAUUUCUUCGUGUCUCGGUUCCAUCUGGUGAUGUUCGAAUGCAAAAUGCAGCGACAAACGGUGGUCAAGGUGGUUUAUUCUAUUUCGACGCCACAUAUCGUCCAGUACCUUUAGAUCAAACAUUUAUUGGGGUGAGUACAAAUGGAAAUUUAAAAGAUGCUGUGACGUUAAAUACUACAGCUCUUACAACAUCGUUUGAAAAUGAAGAUGAGAUGAUGAAAGAUAAAAAGGGGACGAAUACUAUGAGUCGACAACGUCAAAUUGAGUUGAUGAUGAAUAAAUUAACGUUAGCUCAUUGUCUGAAGCAAGUCCAAGCAAAAGAACAAGUGAUGGUUUUUGUUCAUUCUCGAAAAGAAACUGGUCGUACAAUGCGUACGUUAAUUGAGUUAGCACGUGGACAUGAAGAAGAGAUGAAGACAUUAGAAGCUUUUUUACCACCAAUUGAGUUACAAUUGGAUCGAAAUUUACAUGAACGUGUGCUUAAAAGUCGCAAUCAAGAAGUGAAAGAACUUUUGGGAUAUGGUCUUGGGAUACAUCAUGCUGGAAUGUUACGUAGUGAUCGUAACUUGACGGAAGAGUUAUUUGAACGGGGGUACAUUCGUGUUUUAUGUUGUACGGCAACUUUAGCAUGGGGGGUUAACUUACCGGCCCACUCUGUCCUGAUUAAAGGGACACAAGUUUAUAAUGCUGCAAAAGGAGGGAUAACGCAAUUAAGUAUCCUUGAUGUGAUGCAGAUCUUUGGUCGUGCUGGUCGUCCACAAUAUGAUACAAGAGGGGACGCAGUCUUACUUACAACUCAAGACAAUUUGGCUCAUUAUUUACGUUUAUUAACAACGGGACUACCCAUGGAAUCAGCAUUAAUUCAAGCUCUUCCUGACCAUUUAAAUGCUGAAAUUGUUUCAAAUACAAUCACAAAUCUCGAUGAAGCUUGUACAUGGCUUAGUUAUACAUAUCUCUACGUGCGUAUGCGUAAGAAUCCAUUGGCGUACGGUAUGAAAUGGGAUGAUGUGCAACACGAUCCAAUGCUUGUGGCUCGACGUCGCCAAUUAAUUUUAGCUGCGGCAGAGAAACUUGCAGCAUGUCGAAUGAUUAAAAUCUCACGUGAAAAAGGACAAAAAGCAGUCAAUGGUGAACCACAAGUGACGUUUACCGUCACGUCAGUAGGUCGUGUUGCAAGUCAUUAUUACAUUCAACACACUUCAAUCGAAACCUUUCAUGAAUUAUUUGAAGCUUCAAGUGAAGAAGAGGACACUUUGAAUUGGGACACAGUGUUUAGAUUUUUAUGUUCGAGUCAUGAGUUUGAGCAACUUAAGUCACGAGAAGAUGAAAUGACCGAAUUAGAACAGUUGCAACACCGGUAUUGUCGGUAUGCAAUAGUAGGGGGUGGACUUGACACUUCUCCUGGGAAGACAAAUAUUCUAUUACAGAGUCUCUUAAGUCGUGGUCGCAUCUCAUCGUUCACACUCAUUUCGGACUCCAAUUACGUUGCACAAAACGGAGCUCGUGUCGCUCGUGCAUUGUUUGAGAUUUGUCUGAAGAAAUCUCGUGGAAAUUACGCUGCAAUGUUUCUCCAACUUGCGAAAUGUAUUGAUCAAAAACUAUGGUUUGAUCAAACACCUUUGCUUCAAUUUUCAAAUGUUCCGUUUGCGAUAAUUCAUGAACUUGAACAUCAAUCACUUUACGAUGCAAUGAUAGAUCCUCAAGCAUGUAAUUUAAGUUCUAAAGCCUUGAAAUGGAUUCAAAGUCUUCCAUUUCUUGAUAUCACAAAUGUUCAAACACAACCUGUUGGAAAAACAAUGUUGAAAGUCACAUUUGAACUCACUCCAUUAUUUCUAGAAUGGAAAGAAGGAGUUUUUCAAGGUAAGACAUUAGCAUCGUGGAUUUGGAUUGAAGAUGGAUUGAAUGGAUAUAUUUAUCAUUCUGAGUAUUAUAUUCUUCAUCAAGCUCGUUUCUUAACAUGGAAAGCACGUGCUCAAUCGCUUGAAUUGGAAUGUUUUCUUCCUGUUUUUCUAUCACAAACACAACAAGAAGUGCAAUAUGUGAUUCGUAUCUUUUCAGAUCGUUUUGUUGGGAUUGAAUCAUUCUAUUACGUAUCGUAUACUCCAGUCCAAGAAACUCAAAGCGAGAAUCAAAUGUCGACAUCUUUGUUACAACUUCAUCCUCAACCUCUUGAAUCGCUUGAGAAUCAUGUAUAUCAAUCACUUUAUCAAACAACAUGUUCACAUUUGAAUCGAAUUCAAACUCAAAUGUUUUACAAAUUCUACCAUACUCAGGAGAAUCUAUUACUUUGUGCUCCAACGGGUAGUGGCAAGACUUUAUGUGCUGAAAUAGCUAUGUUUCGUGUUUGGAAUUCAAUCCAAAGAGACACAAUGGACUGUAUGAAGACAUCAUGUCGCUCGCUUAUUGUGUACCUUGCACCCAUGCAAGCACUUGUACGUGAAAAAGUAAUGGAUUGGACAACAAAGUUUACAUGUCAUUCAGAAUUACGAAAAAAAAUAGUCGAAGUAUCGAACGAAACACUUGUGAACAUGGAGUUUCUAUUGAAUCAAGCAGAUUUAGUUGUCUCGACAUGUGAGAAAUGGGAUCAAAUGACACGUAAUCCAUUUGUAGCACAGAAAUUGAUGUCUCAAAUCGCGCUAGUGAUUGUCGAUGAAGUGCAUUUACUAAAUGAACCACCUUAUGGUCCUGUGUUUGAGUUAAUUCUCAGCCGAAUCCGACGUUUUCAAACUGAUCAUCCUUUUCGAAUCAUUGCACUCUCUUCAUCCCUUGCAAACGCUAACGAUGUCGGUCGAUGGUUGAAUACUCCAACUAGUGAGUCAAAUGUCAACUUUGCGUACAAUUUUCAUCCAUCUGUACGUCCAAUACCGUUGGAAAUGCACGUCCAAGGCUUUCCCGAACGUCAUUAUGUCGCACGUAUGGCUGCUAUGAAUAAACCAACAUUCAUGUUGAUUCAAACUCAUGCAGUUGAGAAACCUGUUUUGAUCUUUGUCUCAUCGAAAGCUCAGACAAAAGUCACAGCAUUAGAUUUAAUUCAAUUUUCAAUGGCAUGUGAUGAUACAAAUACUGAAAAGAAAGGCUUUUUAUCUCUAGAUGAAGAUGUGAUGCAUUCAAUCUGUCUUUCCAAUCAAAUUAUCGAUGAAACAUUAAAGCAUACACUUGCAUUUGGCAUUGGUUUGUACCAUGUUGGAUUAUUACAACGAGAACGUCAAAUAGUUGAGAAAUUGUAUCGAGAAGGUGGAAUUCAAAUUGUGAUUUCAACGUCAAAUUUCGCAUGGGGAAUGCCACUUUCUGCUUCUUUAGUAGUUUUAAAAGGCAUUGAAUCGUUUGAAAAUGGACGAUAUUGUUCCUAUCCUUUAAGUGAUAUAUUGCAAAUGAUUGGACGUGCUGGACGACCUAAUGUUGAUGAAAAAGGUAUAGUUUGUGUCUUGGUAGAAGAAGGAAAGAAAAAUCGAACACAACGCUUUUUGUACGAACCCAUUGCAAUGGAAUCGUGUCUUAAUGAAAAGAAUGUUGUUAAUGAUGUGAAUGCUGAGAUUGUCGCAGGAGCAAUUCAUUCGAGAAAGGAGGUGAUGGAGUAUCUCACGUGGACUUAUCUUUUUCAACGUGUUCUGACAAAUCCAAGAUAUUAUGGUCUUGUACAAUUCAAAGAGCAGGAUACAGAUGAUCAUAAACGUCAAAAGAUUGAAUUGUUUUUUGAUAAAUUGAUUACGACGAUACUUGACCGACUUGUAUCGUAUCAAUGUUUGAUUCUAACACAAAAUGCUACACGGUUUGAGCCAACGUUUGCUGGAAAAGUAGCUGCUUCAUUGUACAUUGAUGUGCGUACAAUUUCAAAUUUAUUGACAGCUUUGAAAACACAAUGUACCAAUGCAAUGACAGAGUUCGAGACGAAUACAUUGCAAGUACUUUGUAUUGUCUGUGAGUCUUGUGUUGAAUUUGAUCAAGUUCCAGUUCGUCAUCAUGAAAUUUUAAGUAAUUUACUAUUGGAGUUGUGCGGGAAAGUGAAAUAUUCGCCAUUGAAGUAUUUGUAUGCACGUGGUAAGAAGCAACCAAAACGACUGGUUGAGACACAUGGAAGCCAAGUGAAGGCAAUGGUGAUACUACAAAUGUAUUUGAUGCGUAUGCGUUUCCCUUCAAGUGAUUUUCGGAAUGAUCUUCGUAUAAUCCUCGACUUUCUUCCACGUUUACUGCGUGCUGUCAUUCAUUUAUGUGCGUACAUCCAAUUGCCAACGUUUGUACGCACAGGUAUUCGACUUGAACAAGCAGUUGUUCAAGGUCGAUGGCCAGAUGAAAACAAUACAUUAGCUCAGUUUCCACAUGUAUCACCAAAAGUGAAAAAGAUUUUAAAUGACGAAUGGAAAGUCUCAACUUUACUUGAUUUUCAAACAUUGAUAGCGGACAAGACGAAGAAAAAAACGAUUGUUGAACGACUACAGAAUGUACGAUCACAAAGUGGAUUAACGAAUUCUCAAGUUCACGAACUUAUACGAGAAGUGGAAAAGCUACCACAGUAUCAAGUGAAUCUGUCCGUUCAUUCCAAUGAGCUUCACGUUCUUUUAACUCAAAAGUACAAGAAAAGAAAGCAAGUUACUUGUACAACACGUUUACAUUAUCCAAAAGCGUAUGGAUUGUAUGUCUUAAUAACCAAGAAGACGAAUGAUGACGAAAUGAUAAGUGAACUUAAACAUGUUCCAUAUAACGAGAAAAUUCUUUUGAGAUUGACAAGUUCUGCACUCGAUACUGAAUAUCGUGUCCAUGUAUUGUCCGAUGCAAUUGCUGGAUUGGAGAGUUUGCAUUGUCUGAAAUUGUAA